AAUAUACUCUCGUUUUAUUUCUUUUGUUAACAUAAAGCGCCGGCAUACACGAUGGCCGUCGACACCAGCUACUUGACCACCCAGGUCAACAAUAUUGUCGCUCAGCUGCAUGGAAUCUAUGAUGAGAUCGGCGUUCCAAGCCAUGAGCGCGACUCUCGAGAGGCGGAGCUUUUCAGUGCGCUAUCUGAUACUCUAAACAAUCAUCUCAAGCUUGUUGACAAUGAAAAAAAUGAGAUGACGGAGGAAGCGCGACAACUCAUAAUUGCAAUCGAGCAAAUGGAGGAGUCUUUAGAAGACGAGAAGGCCAAUGGCGAGUAUCAGCUGAAUCGCGAUGAUUUGCGUAUUACUUAUCCCCUCAAACGCUGCCUUGCUUUCCUCCGCGAAAAGCAUAAUGCGCUCAGCAAAUUACAUCACGAGCGCUUCGAACAAGUCAAGAAACUCGUUGUGGCUCUCGAGUCAUACUCAUCUCACCUCGAAUCAUCUUUUGUUACCAUUGCUCUCCCACCUACAGCACCGGGAUCUGCGUUAUCACCCAGUUUUAAUUUGUCUCGCCAAUACGUGGAUGAUUUGAACGACGAGUUUUCAAGAGUUUACGAAGAAUAUGAGCGACGUUUCGAGUUUGUCAAGACCAUUUGCGAAGAGAUCAUCAAGCUCUGGGCUGAGCUUGGAACCCCUCAGGCCCAAACCGAUUCCAACAUCGUCAAGCACUACAAAGAGUCCCCCGAACAGUUAGGACUUCACCAAUCCGACCUGGCCCAUUUGAAGGCAAAGCGAGAAAAGCUGCUGGAGGAGAAGAGAAGUCGAGAGCGCAAGAUUUCAGAACUCAGAAAUGCCGUGGAGGCACUCUGGGAGCGCUUUGGAGUUGAGGAGUGUGAUAGAAAAGCGUUCCUUUCGGCGAACCGUGGCUGUGGUCUCCGUACAAUCAACGAAUUUGAAGAAGAACUGGGACGCCUCAACGAACUCAAAAAACAGAACCUACAUCUAUUUGUCGAAGAUGCGCGAUGCCGACUGCAAGAGCUCUGGGAUAGUCUCUACUACUCAGAGGAAGAAAUGCUUGACUUCACUCCUGCCUUUUCUGAUGUUUACAGUGACGCUUUGUUAGAAGCGCAUGAGGCUGAAAUUACCCGGCUGGAGGCAUUGAAGGAACAGCGUGCUUCAGUCUUGCAACUUGUAGAGAGGCACCGUAGCCUCCUGGCAGACAAAGAGGCUCUGGCUGUGUCAAGUCAAGAUGCAUCUCGCCUCAUGGCGCGUGGAGCCAGUGGACAAAGACGUGAUCCAGGAAAGCUCUUGAGAGAGGAGAAAAUGAGAAAGAGGAUUGCUAAGGAGCUCCCUAAGGUGGAAGCGGAUCUGCGGAAAGAAUUAGAGAACUUCGAGGACGAGUAUGGGCGACCGUUCCUCGUUCACGGAGAAAGAUAUCUCGAUGAGCUCACUCCAGUCGUCGCCAAACCUCCGCCUCGCUCUAAGACGCCAUCUGCCGGGCCAGGAAGUGUGCGGGGAGGAUCUAUGAGGCAACAGCCGCCUUCUCGCCCUGCCAGCGUGAUGAGAGGACCUCUUCCCCCCCGGUCUGCUACGAAAACUCCUACUGGACAUGGUUCAAUGAAAUACAACACCAUUGGACCAUCCCGAGCUCCAUCUAGGGCCGGAGCAAAGUCCCCUUCGAAGAUUCCCGCUCGCGUCCCCUUGAGCAACAUGCCUCAUGGGAGCAACUCCCCUGCGCGGAGUGGUACCCCAGGCCUCUAUUCCUCUAACACAAUGAACGGCAAAAUUCCAACUCGUGCUCCGCCACCAAGGAUGCGCGCAUUGACUGGCGGAGAAUCACGAGAUGAGCGAAGCAGCUACUUGUUCGAGCCUCCACGAAGUGCUAGUGCACUGUCCAAUGCUUUUGUCCGGCCAGUCAGCCCGGAAGACGUCUAUGACGAUCGUAACCAACGCUCAUUUAUCAGCUCUUCUGCUUUCUCACAGCGAUCUACCGGAUUUUCUCAAUCAACACAAUCCUCAGCCUCGUCCUUGUCCUUGAAUUCCAUGGGAUACCCGCGAUCGAACCCUUAUCUGCAGCAUGCUCCCCCGCCGGCCCCGAGACAAGUGUCAAAUGCGUCAACCAUCAAUACCGGCAACUCUGGGUCGGAGAACUGGGAGACAUUCGACAGUGGGUCUGAGUCCGAAGCUGACGCUAGUGACGUUUACUAUGCCAAGCUUCGGGCUGCCCAUGGCAAGCGAAUGGCCCUUGACGACUUGGCAGGAAAGAAGCCGAAAGGCAUCCGAAGCGUUAGCCCAGACGAGCCAGCGGUAAACCCGAAUGUCGUCCGUGUAGCGGGGAGUGAUGCUGGAUGGACAGAUGAUCUGGAGCCUUACUAG